AUGGACUUUGAUGAUGAACCCAAGCCAAAGGAGGUUGCUAAAACCCGUAGAUUCGCACCUGGCCGUGCUGGGAAGACUAAACCGAAACCUAAACCGGAACCCCCUGCAGCUAAACCGGAGCAGCCGGCGUCGUCACAAACUGAGUCUCGUAUCAAUGUUUACUACAACGAAGCUAGUUGUGGUAGAUUCGUUCCUCGUGCUGUGCUUAUGGAUUUGGAGCCAGGAACCAUGGAUAGUCUCAGAUCUGGACCGUAUGGUCAGACCUUCCGUCCUGAUAACUUCGUUUUCGGUCAGUCUGGUGCUGGUAACAACUGGGCUAAGGGACAUUACACUGAAGGAGCUGAGCUAAUUGAUUCGGUACUCGAUGUUGUUCGUAAGGAAGCUGAGAACUAUGACUGCUUGCAAGGGUUUCAGGUUUGUCAUUCGUUGGGAGGAGGAACUGGAUCUGGUAUGGGAACACUUUUGAUUUCCAAGAUCCGUGAAGAGUAUCCAGAUCGAAUGAUGCUUACUUUCUCAGUGUUCCCUUCACCUAAGGUUUCUGACACCGUUGUUGAGCCUUACAACGCUACUUUGUCUGUUCAUCAGCUUGUUGAGAAUGCUGAUGAGUGCAUGGUUCUUGACAAUGAGGCCUUGUACGAUAUAUGCUUCAGGACUCUGAAACUCACAACCCCUAGCUUUGGUGACUUGAACCAUUUGAUCUCUGCUACAAUGUCUGGUGUCACAUGCUGUUUGAGAUUCCCUGGUCAGCUCAACUCUGACCUCCGUAAGCUUGCUGUGAAUCUUAUCCCAUUCCCUCGUCUUCACUUCUUCAUGGUGGGUUUUGCUCCUCUCACCUCAAGAGGUUCUCAGCAGUAUCAUUCCCUCACAGUCCCUGAGCUCACCCAGCAAAUGUGGGAUUCCAAGAACAUGAUGUGUGCUGCUGUGUAG